AUGGGUCUUGUUACCUCCAACCCGUUGCGACGCCUCAAGCGGAACCCAGGAGCCGCCAAAGGGAAUUUCCAACGCCCAGUUCUCCCACAGGAACUAAUCGACUGCAUACUGGACCAGUUAUAUGAUGAUCACCGGACAUUAAUCGUAUGCCUGCAUGUUGGCCGACCUUUUCUGGCUCGCGCUCGAGCGCAUAUUUUCAGUUCAGUCCACAUCCAGCUGGAACCGCGACGAAAUACAUGGAAAAGAUUCCUUAGUCUCUUCUCUUCUUCGCAGCAUCUGGCUCCUUUGGUCCGUGCCAUUCAUUUGCGGCGAAAUCACCAAUGGCCUACAGAAUGCCGGUUCAUGUCGGCCAAGGCGGUAGUGCGAGUCCUGAACUCUCUGGUCAACCUCGAAGAGGUUAAACUGCAAGAAUAUGGGCCGAAGAUAUUCCGGAAGAAAGAGGGCAUGGAGGCGUCUCUGUUCAAUCAUCUCUUUGCCGACAACCGCAUCAAGAGAGUCCAUCUACAUGAUUGCAAGUUUUUCAGGAAGGGCGAUCUAUUCUCCUUUCUGCGAGGCUUUCCAGAAAUGGAGAACUUGUGGAUAGACAAAGGACUCAAAUGUCCGGUCUCCGCCUCGGCAUUCAGCAACGAUUUACCUGGCGAGUCGGGUACCAUUUAUCUGAAAACCCUUCGAGUCUUGUCUGACUGGAAAAAUCCUCUUGGCGUCCUCGCGCAUCCCAAAUCACCUCUUUCGUUUAAGGAAGUGAAAUCCUUGGCGAUCGGGACGGACUCGUGCGUUCAGCACGACGGUGCGGUGAAUGUAGCGAGAUUAGCGGAUGGGUUCCAAAAAUUGGUAUUGCUGAAUAUAGGAGUCUAUGAGGCGCUUGUUACCCAUGAUAUCAAGCUCAACCCAUUUCCCAUUCAUCAACUCCGCUUCCUCGCUUUUGGCCUCAACACAGACAAGAUGGAACUAGCUCCGCUUUUAGAGAAUUGGAUCUCACUUUUGAAUACCAUUCACUCAGAAUGUGCACUUCGAAAAGUGACGAUUGCCAUUUUUGGCUUCUCCUAUUUCAUUAUCAAUGAACCUCAGGCAUCUGCGAAAUGGCCGAACGAUGCUGCCAACGUAGUGACAUGGGAGAAGGGCGUGCUAGAUGAUAUCACGCAUUUUGACAUAGAGUUGAUGAGGCUGAGCCAGGACGGAGUGACAUACGUAGCCUAUAAUGUGGAGGCAUACCCUACCUCACCAAAAUCACUCAACAUAUACCUAAAAGACAUACCAGCUGGAGACGACUAUUUCCUUCUCUUCCUCAACUCGACGCACGGCAUCAUGCACUGUCUGUCGUCACGGUUCUCUAUUGUAAACGCUACAGAUGUCACGUCGUCUGCAACCGCACCUGCAACGCUAGACACAUCCAUACCAACCGUGACUAUUAGCGGAUCACCAGAUCCGACAAAAGGAUUCGUGACGACUUUUGCGUCAAAAGCUAGCUCUAUCGUGUUUGGGAUUACGUCGGGACAUAAGUGCGGUGGGGCAAUGGUGCUGGCAGGCAUUAUGGUUGGAGCGGCAUUGGCUCUAUGGUGA